AUGCCUGUGAUGAAGGGCCUUCUUGCUCCACAAAACACCUUCUUGGACAGCAUUGCAAACCACUUCGAUGGCACCCACAGCAACUUUCUCCUGGGAAAUGCUCAGGGGCGCUACGGUAACCCAAUCGUGUACUGUUCUGAUGGGUUCUGUGAGCUGACCGGCUUCGUUCGGACUGAGGUGAUGCAGAAAACCUGCACCUGCAGCUUCCUUCAUGGAGCUGAGACCAAAGACUGUGUGAUCCAGCAGGUCCACAAAGCUCUGGAGGGCCAGCAGGAGUACCAGGGAGAAGUCUGCUUUUAUAGAAAGAAUGGAAAUCAAUUUUGGUGUCUCCUGGAUAUUGUUCCAAUUAAAAACGAGAAGGGCGAGGUGGUGCUGUUCCUGUUAUCUUUUAAAGAUGUCAGUGACUCAUAUGGGAAAAACCAUCACUACAUUCAAGAAGAAGAUAUGUCCAAAGUCACAAAAGAAGGCAGAAAAACAAACCAAUCCUAUUUUAGCCGAGUUAGAGGAAGAGGGAGGACGGUUCUCCAACACCUGAACAACCUGUUUACCAAGAGGGGAAAAAGGAAACUAUCUAAUAGUAUGUUUCAGAAACCUUCCCCACCUGAGUACAAGGUGGCAUCUGUGAGGAAGUCACGUUUUAUCCUGCUGCACUACAGCAUCUCCAAGGCCUUGUGGGACUGGCUGAUCCUCCUGGCGACCUUCUACGUUGCAGUCACCGUGCCCUUCAACGUCUGCUUCGUCAGUCAAAACGAGGGGAGCGAUCACCCGUCACUCGUCAGUCGCAGCACCAUAUGGAGCGACGUCGCAGUGGAGAUGCUCUUCAUGCUCGAUAUUAUCCUGAAUUUUCGGACCACGUAUGUGAGCCAGUCGGGUCAGGUGGUGUACGACGCCCGAUCCAUUUACCUGCAUUACUGCACCACCUGGUUCUUUGUGGACCUGAUUGCAGCGUUGCCCUUUGACCUUCUCUAUGCUUUUAACAUCACAGUGACCUCGUUAGUGCACCUGCUGAAGACGGUCCGCCUGCUGCGUUUGCUGCGCCUCUUGCAGAAACUUGACCGUUACUCCCAGUACAGCGCCGUGGUCCUCACUCUGCUCAUGUCUGUGUUUGCUCUGCUGGCUCACUGGAUGGCUUGCGUCUGGUACGUCAUCGGACGCAAGGAGAUAGAGAGCAGCGACCCCGUGACUUGGGACAUAGGCUGGCUGCAGGAGUUAGGAAAGCGUCUGGAGACGCCGUACAUCAACAGCACCAUGGGUGGCCCCUCCAUGCCCAGCGCCUAUAUCGCCUCCCUCUACUUUACCCUCAGCAGCCUUACUAGUGUUGGUUUUGGAAACGUGUGUGCCAACACAGAUGCAGAGAAAAUCUUCUCCAUCUGUAGUAUGCUCAUUGGUGCUCUGAUGCAUGCUGUGGUGUUUGGCAACGUGACAGCCAUCAUCCAGCGCAUGUACUCACGGCGCUCACUCUACCACACCCGCAUGAAGGAUCUCAAGGACUUCAUCCGUGUGCAUCGACUGCCUCAGCAGCUGAAGCAGAGGAUGUUGGAGUACUUUCAGGCCACCUGGUCAGUCAACAAUGGCAUCAACGCUAAUGAGCUGCUGCAUGACUUCCCGGACGAGCUGCGGGCAGAUAUUGCCAUGCAUCUGAACAAAGACAUCCUGCAGCUGCCCGUGUUCGAAAGAGCCAGCAGAGGGUGUCUGCGUUCCCUUUCUCUGCACAUCAAAACCUCCUUCUGUGCACCUGGAGAAUACCUCAUCCGCCACGGAGAUGCCCUGCACGCUAAUUAUUUUGUCUGCUCCGGCUCCCUUGAGGUUCUGAAAGAUGGAAUGGUCCAAGCCAUACUGGGUAAAGGUGACCUCAUAGGGGCCGACCUGCCGGAGAAUGAGCAGGUGAUCAAGACGAAUGCAGACGUGAAGGCUCUGACCUACUGUGACUUACAGUACAUCAGCGUUAAGGCUCUGAGGGAUGUGCUCAGGCUGUACCCAGAGUACGGCAGUCGGUUCAGAUCCGACAUCCACCACAAUCUGACCUACAACCUGAGGGAGGGCAGCGAGGCAGAUGGAGUAAAAAGUUUUCCAUGGACACCCAGGCCAUCACUGGGUCAUAUUUCUGGGGACCAUAAGCCCCCCCAUGUCACUGAGGCUGAUGCAGCGAACACGAUGAGCUACUCCUGGCAGAGGAGAUUACCUCUGCUUCAAGGUUUAGGAAGCCCGAUCCAUCAGUGUCGCCUCAGCACUUUAGGGGAGGAGCUCCAACACGCUGAAACGCUCCCCCUCUGUCGAUCACCUGCUCUGAGAUGCCGAGGUCGCAGCCCCUCUCCUCGGCCUUUAAAGAACGAUGAACUCUGUCCUUCUCCUCUGCUCGGUCUCAAAGAUAACUCAAACCUGCAUCAUCGACCUUCCAAAUUACUCCUCCCAUCCUAUUCUUGUGUUAGUCCAAUAAACCUGAGUCCCAGGGUCGUAGACGGCAUCGAGGACAAUGGUCACACAUUUCAGUACAAUGUAGAGCAGGAGGAGCCAAAGAUGCAAGACCAGUUACAGGUGAGUGCUAACCUGCUCCUUGAGACAGAAGAAGUGAGACAGAACAUCAGCAAGCUCAACAAAGAGGUGAACAGCUUAAACGAGGAAGUGUCCAACAUGGCCAAGGAGGUCCACAACAUGAUACAUUGCCUGCAGACUGAUAUGACCACGCUGCACCGUAUCUCUUCCAGCGCGACAGCUUGCAGAAACUGUCAACCUCAUGUUGUAUCAGACACGUCAAACGAACUGCACCUGAAUCGUGAGACAAUUAGCCACCCGGCAUGCAGCUGCAGCGGGAUGUCCUCACACAGCAGAGGUCCUGUCUUUUUGCAUUCAUCAAGCUCUGCGUGGUUGCAUCUCUGCUGCUCUGAGAGAGAAGGAAAUACAACCAACAGGCUACAGAACCAGUACAGUCCCUGUCAUACACAGAGAGCAACUCCAAGCUCCCCUUGCAUGACUCAGAGCCAGGGAGGUCCGUCCCUCCUGGGCAUUAGCUCAGCCUUCAGUAGCUUUCCAGUAAACCAUGGUCUGGCGCAUCCGUCAAUCAGUAUUCAAACCCACACUGAUGUUGCACAAAAUCUAACCAGUCCCCAGACACCAAUUCAUUCCCCCAACACUCCUGCAAGCCAGCCCCAGUAUCACACAGCCUUCAGCUCGCUGACACCCACAGGAAACUCAACGUCAAUGUCCACGGUCCAUAACAAGAGACAACAGAGUUCUGUGAGACAAAAUGACCCAGUAGGAUCCAGUCCUGCCCGUCAUUCACAGGAGCAUGUGUGCUCUCUGCCAGGACAGCAAUCAGACAGAGACUGCUCGCUCCAUCACGAGAGAAAAGACCACACUGACUCUAACGGUGCAGACAACAGAGUCCUUGAACUCCAGAAAUGA